AUGACCUGGUACCACGGCAAUGAGACCGGCCAAAUUCCUGGUGCAUUCCCCACCAAGUGGUGGGAAGGCAGUGCGCUGUUCAUGAGUUUGCUUCUCUACUAUUAUUAUACCGGAGACAGCACCUACAACGAUGAAGUUCGCCAAGGUAUGCAAUGGCAAGCAGGUGAUUGCGACUACAUGCCGAGCAACUACAGUAGUUAUCUGGGUAACGACGAUCAAAUGUUCUGGGGCCUUGCGGCGAUGACCGCGGCGGAGAUCGACUUCGCCGAUUCGACCGACGGAUAUUCCUGGCUCGCUCUUGCUCAGGGCGUGUACAACACCCAAGUCGCACGCUGGGACUCGUCGAACUGUGGAGGCGGCCUGCGCUGGCAGAUCUGGCCGUACGAGGCUGGUUACGAUAUGAAGAACUCAAUCUCGAACGGAGGCUUGUUUCAGCUGGCUGCCCGUCUCGCCCGUUACACGAACAACGAUACGUACGCCGACUGGGCCGAGAAGAUCUUCGAUUGGUCGGCAUCUGUUCCUCUGUUGAAUAACGAAACGUGGAACGUUGCAGACUCUACCGACAUCGAUAACGGCUGCACAACGCAGGGCAACAACCAAUGGUCUUACAACUAUGGAACAUAUCUGAUGGGUGCCGCAUACAUGUACAACUACACGGGCAAGGCCAAAUGGAAGACCGCCGUGGAUGGUCUUUUGAACGUCACUCUGACCACAUUCUUCCCGUCCAAGUACGGCGGCAACAUCAUGUCUGAGGAACUCUGUGAACCCCUGGAGGUUUGCAACGACAACGAAAUCCUCUUCAAGGGCCUGCUUAGCGGAUGGCUCGGGUUUGUGGCGUUGGUGGUUCCCUCGACAUAUGACCAGAUCUUGCCGAAGCUGCAGGGCUCCGCCGAGGCCGCUGCCGCGUCUUGCAGCGGAAUGAGCAACAACACGUGUGGUGUACGGUGGUACCCGAAGUCGUGGGAUGGAUGGAACGGCAUGGAGGAAGAAAUCGCCGUCACCAAUGUUCUUUCAUCUGUCCUCAUUACGACGAAGAAGUCCGGUCCAGUGACCUCCACUACCGGCGGUAACAGUACCAGUGACCCGAAUGCCGGUAAAGGAGAUACCACCGGUGAUAAGACUGCGACACGGAAGAUCACCGCCGGUGACAAGGCCGGUGCAUCUAUCUUGACGAUUGUUUUUGUUGGUGCGUGGGGUGGCAUGAUCGCUUGGAUGCUCCUCGGAGGCUAG